AUGUAUCGAACUAGAGUGUUACUCCGGAAAGUCGUUACAAGUGCGAUUCAACCAGCUUCAUCGUCCAGCUAUAUGCCUUCAGCGGCAUUUAUGUAUGGCAAAGUUCGACGGCCGGGACAAAAAGAACAUUUUGUGAAAGUUGCAUCCGAACUAGAGCUUUUCAAAGAUGUAUAUGGCUUGGAAGCUCUGGACAGAUUGGAAAUAAAGGAUGAAACUUGGGAAGUUCUGAUGGAAAUGGGAUGGGAUGAACGAUUCAUUUAUUUGAUAGAUCUUAUGGAAUAUCGAGAGAAACAGAACAAAGAAUCUGAAAAAUCUUCGAUCAAAAAAGAAUUAAUAUCAGAACAAAAUCUCAAACUGUGGAGAGCUGGAAACAUGGUUUAUGCUCGCAAUUUUCACUCGUUGGUUGACAUUUAUGGUCCAGAUUUCCGUCGGAAAAUUGAUAAUUUCUAUGGCAGGAAUAUUUUGAAACAAGGAGAAGAUUUGAGAAGUUUCGUCGUGGAUUGCAGGUUUAUGAGAGAGUUUUCAGUCAAAACCCAAGCUUAUUUUACCAAUCAAAUGCAAGCUCUUCACGAAGAUAAUUGGACAUCGAAUCUUCCUUUUUCAGUCAACUUCGUCAACUAUCAAGCCGACCAGCAGCUUGUUUCAAUUGCAAAGAGAAACCUCUUGUUCCAAUACGGUCCCUCAUCGAAAUCUGUAAACUUCCAACGUCAUCCGUUCGUACCGGUUAUCACGCCUAGGAGAGUGGACUCUGUCAUUGAAAAAGAAAAUCUGUUAUACAUCUCACCGCGUGCUACCCAAUUUGUUCCUGAAGUGAUUCCAUCUGAAAUUAAAGGAGUAGUAAUUUGUUUAUCAAAUGAUACAUCUCCAUCUACGAGUAGUCACAGUGCAUGUAUCAAUGAAAGGGUUCAGCCCUAUCAGUUGCCGUUUAAACGAAUUAUCAGCUCCCCAACGUUCCGACCACAGGGAGUGCAAUUAUGGCAAUAUGCACGAAUUUUUCGUCAAUACUUUGCUGGAAGCACAAUUGAUGAAAGCAUUCGACAAAACAUGGAUAAUUUGCUGAGAAAACGAUCGUUGAACGAGCCAGUGAAAGAUAAGGACGAUAAACAAGAGGUGUUUCGAUCGGCAAUGUAUCACAUCAACAACUGUUCGAAUGGAGAAUAUCAGAAGAAGAGAAAUGAUUCAACUCCCUCAUUUUCUUCUUCUCGGAGAAAUCCAUCAGACACUUCAACAACUUCUCAAUCUUCGCCCAAACGUCAUUAUCGUCAUCGCACCUAG